AUGCGCUCCGACGGCGCGGCCCCCGGGCCGGUGGCGCCGCUGUGCGGGCUGAGCCUGGUGCUGGGCGCGCUGCUGGGCGGAGGGAUCGAGGGCCGCGGGGCCCCGGACGCCGGCCCCGGGGUCUCCUCGCCGCUGCCCUACCUGCCCGUGAGCCUCCGCGUCCUCGGGGCGGACGCCGCCUUCCUCUUGAGGGGGGCGCCCCCGGACCCCGCGCCCAACGCCAGCCUGCAGGCCCGCGUGGAGUCCUUCUUCGCCUACCGCGCUCCGCGGCCCCCGCUCCUGCUCGCCAGCCUCGGGCCCUUCUCCGCGGAGCGGGCGCUGCCUCUGGGCCCGGCCUCCGCCUCCGCCUCCGCCUCCGCCUCGACCUUGACCCCUGGAGGCCCCAGCGGGACGGCCCCGCUGGGCUGGCGGCUGCGCGCCCACGUCCUGCAGGACAAGGUCUACCCGGGCCGGCCGGUGGCGCAGGUCCUGUUCCAGGUGCUGGGCCGGGACUGGGCGGAGCCGGAGCCCUCGGACCCGGAGCCGCUGCCCUGCCUGCGGGCCUUCGCCUUCCGGGAGGCGCGCGAGGUGCGGGCCGGCUGCCGGCCGCGGGGCGCGCUGGCGCUGUGCGUGGCGGAGCUGCGGCUGCCGCCCGGCUGGUUCGGGGCCCCGGCCGCGGGGACCGGGAGGCGGCGGCCGGCGGGCCCGGAGGAGGGCAGCCCCGUGGAGCUGUACUACACGGUGCACGCGGCGGGCGCCGGGCCCGAGGGCUGCGCCGGCGGCGGCGGCGGCCUCAGGACGGGCAACGCCAUCCGCGCCGGGAGGGACGGCCGGGGGGGCGGCCCGGAGGACGCGGCGCCCCCGCUGCGGAGGGCCGGCACCGUCCGCCUCCUCCGCGCCCAGGACCGCGGCGACCGGCUCCGCGAGCUGCGCCUGGACGGCCACGUGGCCGUGUGGCUGCCCGCCCGGCCGGCCAAGCCCGGGGACGUGGUCACCGCCUCCGUCACCGUGGCCGGCAACUCCACCGUGGACCGCUUCUCCCUGAGAGCCAGGGUGAAGAAGGGGGUGACCGUGCGGGGCGCGCGUCCCAGCGAGCCCGGCCAGUGGGCGGUGCGGCAGGAGCGGGCGGCCGGGGGCAAGCUCAGCACCGGCGCCAGCACCGUGGUCUGCCAGCGCCUGGCGCCCGGCAACAGGAGCAGCAGCACCGCGUUCCACGAGGUGGCGCAGCUGAGCCUGGAGGUGGCCGGCGGCCUGUCGGGCUCGCAGCCCGUGGUCUGGCAGCUGGAGUACCCGGGUGUGGGCGCCGUGGGCAGCGCCCUGUCCCAGAUCUUCGUCAGCCCGCGGGACCUGGCGGGCAUCGUGCCGCUGGCCACGGUGUCCGACCGCUGCGACCAGGUCUUCGUGAACGGGAGGGAGGUGAAGGGGCAGGUGGACGCCGUGGUGACCUUCGCCUACCAGCACCUGAGCGCGCCCCUGCACCUCACCGUGUGGGCGCCCCGCCUGCCGCUGCACAUCGAGGUCUCGGACCCCGAGCUCAACCAGAUCAAGGGCUGGCGGGUGCCCGUCGCGGACAGUAAGAGGCCCACGCCCGCCCGGGAGGAGCGGGGGGAGGAGGACGAGGAUGCGCCGCGGGGGCGGGGCUGCGCCCUGCAGUACCAGCGCGCCUCCGUGCGUGUGCUCACCCGCUUCCUGGCGGAGGCCGCGGGGCCCUGGGCCCAGCCCCGCCUGCUGCUCGGCCCCGACUGGCAGGUGGACGUCACCCCCCUGGUGGCCGCCUCCAUGAAGCUGGAGGCGCCGCGCGUGGCCUCGCUGCUGGACGGCCGGGUGCUGGUCGGGCGGGAGCCCGGGAUGACCGCCAUCCAGGUACUGUCCCCUCUGUCCGACUCCAUCCUGGGCGAGAAGACGGUGACCGUGUCCGAGGACAGAGUGUCGCUGACGGACCUGGCCGUCCAGCUGGUGGCCGGGCUGUCGGUCAGCCUGCACCCCAGCCCGGAGAACCCCCAGGUGGUCACCGCCGUGGCCCAGGCAGACGAGCUGCUGCGGGCCCCCAAGCAGGAAGCCGUGGUCAGCACGUGGCUGCGGUUCAGCGACGGCUCGGUGGCGCCGCUGGACGUGUACGACCGCCGGGACUUCGCUCUGAGCGUCUCCUCCCUGGACGAGGCCGUGGUGUCCGCGGCCCCGGCCCGCGCCCCGGGGUGGCCGGCGGUGGCGGCCGCGGGGGAGGGCCAGGGCCCGCUGGUGCGCGUGGACCUCAGCAUCGCGGGCCCCUGCCAGAAGGCCCGGCGCCGCAGCGUCCUGGCCAGCGGCGUGGGCGGCGUCAGGGUCCGGUUCGGUCCGAAGGACGCGGAGGGCGAGACCGGGAACCGCGCCGGCGGCCGGCGGCCCCAGGGCGCGGAGGCGGCGGAGCGCGGGGGCCCGGAGGCCCCAGAGGAGGGCGCGGCGCGCCGGGGCGGCCCCACGGCCGGGCCGCGGCUGGACCCCCAGGCGGCGAGGGGCAGCCGGACGGACGGGGCGCGGCCGCCCGCCGCGGGGCAGGCGCACCGCAUCCCGCUGGACCUGAGCCGCUUCCCCGCGCAGGAGGCACCCGGGGCGGCCGGGGCGGGGGCGGCGGGCGGCGGCCCGGCCCCCGGGGGCCCCCGCGGCCUCAGCGACCUGGAGAUCGGCAUGUACGCGCUGCUGGCCGCCUUCUGCCUGGCCAUCCUGGUCUUCCUGGCCAACUGCGCCGCCUUCGCGCUCCGGUUCCGGCGGCGCAAGCAGCUGCCCCCCGAGGGCGCCACCUCCUCCGGGGGGGCCGCCGGGGGCACCCACUCCCACGACUGGGUGCGGCUGGGCCACGCGGCGGAGCUGCUGGACGGCGCGGGCCGGGGGUCCCCACCUCUGCCCCUGCCACCAACUCCGCCCUCACCGGCCCCCCAGGGGCGCACCGCCACCCUGGACCUCGGGCCCGCGCGCGGCGAGGACCCCAGCCGCCUCCUGCGGACCGGGGGCGGCUCCCCGAGGCGGGCCCAGGGCCAGGCGCCCCGCGCCGCUGCCCCCCCGGGGGGCAGGCCGGGCCCGAACCCCCGGCCUGAGCCCCCGCCCUCGCCCAGCUCCGGGAGGAGGAAGGUCCAGUUCGCCAGCUUCCCCGGCGUCUCCCCCGAGACCGCCUCCCCCUCCGCCCCCAGCGGCGCCGAGGACGCCCCGUGGGUGUGCCCGGACCGGGGCCUGGGCGCCCCCCGCGAGCUGAGGACCCACCUGGACCCGUUCCGGGACGCCGUGUAG